GUUCUUGUUCUGUAGACAUCCUGUGUGCUGGCUACCCGCUCUCACAAUGGCUCAAAAAACAGUGCUCAUCACAGGUUGCUCCUCAGGCAUCGGGAUGGCUUUGGCUGUAAAAAUGGCUGCAGAUGAACAAAGAAGAUUCAAAGUCUAUGCUACAAUGCGGAACUUGGAUAAAAAGGACAACCUUGUAGAAGCUGCAGGCAGCACUAUUGGCAACACAAUGCAGAUUAUGCAACUGGAUGUUUGCAAUGAAGAAUCCAUUAAAAUGUGUAUCAGCAGCAUCCCAGAUAGAAGAAUUGAUAUUCUAGUUAACAAUGCUGGUGUGGGACUCAUUGGGCCAAUUGAGUGCCAAACCAUUGACGAGAUGCAAAAUGUGAUGGAUACAAACUUCUUUGGACUGGUCCGGCUGCUAAAGGAGGUUUUGCCUGACAUGAAGAAAAGAAGGAGCGGCCAUAUUGUUAUUAUUAGCAGCGUCAUGGGAGUACAAGGCAUUCUGUUCAAUGAUGUAUAUGCUGCCUCUAAAUUUGCAGUGGAAGGAUUCUGUGAAAGUUUAGCCAUACAAGCACUCAAGUUUAAACUUCAUCUUUCUUUAAUAGAACCAGGGCCAGUAGUUACAGAGUUUGAAAGGAAGGUUUUUGAAGAUGGAAUGAAAAUGGAUCUUUCGGCUGCAGAUAAGGAAACAGCUGAUAUGUUUGUAAAUAUUUACCUGAAAAAUUACAAGCAAAUUUUCCAGACUCUGGGGCAAACUGCUGAAGACAUAGCAGAGCAUACAGUGAAGAUAAUUCUGUCAGAAAACCCACCUUUUCGUCAUCAGACCAAUACUUUAUACACUCCAAUUACAACGCUGAAGUACGCUGACCCCAAUGGAGACCUGCCAAUUGAGACCUUCUACAAAAUGGUUUUUCAGCACGAUAAAAUUUUCAGUGCAAGUCUUAAUUUCAUUAAAUUGCUGAGAUGGAAAAGCAGGAAGAGCUUUGACUUGGGAGAAAGAUCUUCUCAGUGAAGAAAUGAGGCAGGGGGCUAUUUCACUUGUUGCUUUCUAUGUCACUGGGAUGGGGGAAACCUAAAAUAAUGUGAA